AAUAAACAAACAGCUGAAAAUAAUGACAGAAGGCAAUGUUUGAAAAUGAGUGGGGAAGAAGUGGAGAUGAAAUGUUCCUGGUUACAAGAUUUAACAUUGACAGGUGGUUGUUAUGUACAAGUGGGUAAGGAAGUAGUAGAAUUUAGUUCUCAGUAUGGUAGUGAGAGAAGUAUAUCCUAUACUGCAGCUAAUUUAGCCGGGAAAGAAAGUAUUUAUCCUGGUUAUGGUGAUUUUACCCAAGCAUGUGUCUUUAGAACAUAUGGUAAAUGGUGGAAGAAGUGUCCUUCAGCAACACCAAGAUAUAGACGAACACCAGAUAGUUUUUGUAGUGAUGAUUUUAUUGAAGUUGUAUUUGCUGAUAAAGUAUGUCCAACAAAAGUUGAAGUAUUUGAAACAUAUAAUCCAGGAUGUAUAGUUAAGAUAUUAGCUUGUGAUUGUACAUCUGGAACUGAUGUAGACACUGGACAAGUAGAAUGGGUAACAUUAUGGUCUGGUAAACCAACCUAUCCUAAGCAAGAAUCAAAUGUAUUUUCCCCUCCACUGAAAAAAGUUAAUUUCUUAUCAAAUUUAAUCCGAUUGGAAUUGUGUCAGGAAUUGGUGGAAUACUAUACAGAGUUAGACUGUAUACGUCUACAUGGUACUAGAUCUACUAAUAAACCAAAUACUCAAGUAGUGCCUGAUGUCAAUAAUAUUCUAGAUGAAGAUUUAAAUAUUAAAUUACAACAGUUAGAAAUUAAAAGUGACAGUAAUGUAUCAUCAACUCAGUCUGCAGUAGAGGAAGAAUCUAACAGAGUUAUUAAUGGAUCUUUUGAUUGUUUACCUGGAGAAGUUAUCAAUUUAAUUUUACAAUAUUUAGAUCUCACUGAUCUCUGUCAUUUAGCACAGACCUGUAGAUUAUUAGAAAAAUAUUGUUAUGAUCCUUUACUUUAUACUGAAUUGAAUUUACAACCAUAUUGGACUCAGGUACGAGAUUCAACACUAGCAGGUUUACAGUCAAGAUCUUCUGCUAUACAGAAGUUAAAUCUAACAUGGUGUGGGAAGGGUGGAAUUUUAACUGACUCAGGUUUACAACAAUUACUUCCAGUAUGUAAUACCAAUUUAACUGGUAUAAUACUAUCAUCAUGUAAAUUUGUUGAUUCCACAACAUUAAAACUUUUAACACAACAUUGUCCUAAUAUAGCAGAGAUAGAUUUAAGUAACUGUAGGAAGAUAGGUAAUGUUGCCAUGUUGUUGCUGUGUCGGUUUGAAAAAUUAAAAAGAAUGAAUUUAUAUCGUACAUUAGUUGAUAUGCCUUCAGUAAUAGCUGUUUUACGGUCCUGUCCCUUAUUAGAACAUCUAAAUCUGGGAUCAUGUAUUGGUAUAGCUAGUUAUGAUGAUGUACUUAUUGAAAUUGCCAAUAAUUGCCAUAAUUUGAUAUCAUUAGACUUAUGGCAGGCAAGAUCCUUAACACAUAUUGGUGUUAAAGCUUUAGCUAAUAAAUGUACUAAAUUACAAGAACUUGAUAUUGGUUGGUGCCCUCAAGUAAAAUCAAAUACCUCCUGUUUAAUUUCAUUAUUAAAGGAAUGUCGAUCCAUGAAAAAACUCUUUUUAACUGCUAAUAGAACAGUUUGUGAUAAUGAUUUAAGAGCUAUAGCUGAAUAUGCACCAUUUAUGGAACAAAUUGAUAUUCUUGGUACAAGAGAAGUUACACCAGCUGCUGUAUUGAGUGUUUUAGAGAAUUGUAGGAAUCUGAUAUUUUUUGAUGUGUCGUUUUGUGGUGGAAUAUAUGACAUACACAUUGAAGACUGGGCUAGACAGUUUCCUCAUGUAAAUUUUAAAAAGAGCUUUCAGUCAGGUUCAGUUGGUUUAUAA